CCAGUUUUGUUUUCUGCCGAUGUAUUGUAAGUAAUAUAUGGCAGAUUUGAAUGUAGUUUUGCUUUGAGUAAAGUUCGUUUUCGCAGCACGAGUAGAGUAGGCCAUUUACAUGUACCAUUGAUCGACCUUUUUUGCGGACCACGUUUUGAUACUUUUGUCACGUUGGUACGUACUUGUAGCAAUAUCAUGAACCUUGAGGAGUGUUGAAAAUAGACGGCUACGAAGCUUGUUGCCUUGGCCUUGCGACUGGUGCUUAUUUCCAAGAAACACUUGUUACACUCUCAUCUGUCUCUCGAGAUUGAGCGCCCCUCCAACUGCAACGUCUUGCGGCCGUUGAGACCCAUUAGGAGUGCUGCGAUUGCCAGCAGUUGUCGCCACUUCUAUUAGUGCCAGCCAAUAGCUUGCCAGACGCCUACCUCGCUCUUUGUCGAGGACAUGACGCAACAGGGAACGGAGCUGACACAGCGGGGCGGCAAAGGCCCGGCCGUGCCAGCCGAGGAAGCUGAUCCCACCGCGACCACGAAGCGCAUCGACGACACCGAGGUGCAAACCGGAUGCACGGGCGGCUUCCGCGCGAACAAACAGGAGGUGGGGGACAAAACGAAGAAGAGAAGGAAGGAGCUUCCCUGCUGCAUAAGAUGGACCAUGCACUGGAGCUUCAAGAUUGUCCCGUGGUCUCUAGUCGCGAGCACUCCCAUCGCGGGGCUCACCACGCUCGGCGGUAUCUGGGAAAAGAUGGGCUGGGAGAAAUGGGGCACCGCAUACACAAUUUCCUACGCCUUCACGCUCUGGAUCUGCAUUCAGGUACUUGUACUGACUUCAUUUGUCAAACGUUCAAUCUUCCAUGUGCUAGUUUUAUCUUUUUUUUUCAAGAAACACUAACACAUGUAAGUAGAAGGAUCGUCAUGAGAUCAGUUUUACUAUUUUCAGAGCAGGAGCACUACUGCUCAUCAGUUACGACGUCUCCGACAAGAACAUCUCAAAGAAACUCAAAAACGAAACCUUUAAAAAAAACCAAUCUACAUACACAGAUCAUGUACAACUUCGUGAUGGCCUCGAUUCUGGAGCCCGGUUUUGUGAAAGAUCAGUACAUCCCUCCGCCCAAAAAGAACGGUAAGUACAAGCUCGCAACCGUUGACACGGACGAUAGUUGCAAGUCGAAACCGUGCUGCGCGCCGAAGAACAAGGAGAUCGAGAUGGACACAGAACUGGAAACUAAGCGAAAGGGAGAAGGUGCGGCUGCCAAAAAGUGCGAUGACAAGCCGCUGGAUCUUUGGUACGCCCCACGGUGGGACCAAAAGUGCGAGGUGUGGAAGCCCCCGAGAUCACACCACGACAGCAUCACCGGAAGAUGUGUCCUGCGUAUGGACCACUACUGCCCCUUCACCGGAAAUGUCAUCGCGGUAUAAUAGAAGAUACUAAACUCUCACUCUGUUGAUGCUGUUGUUGAGAGUGCAUAUUCACUUCGCACAUACGAAGAUUCUAUCAUGAGACCCAGAUAUUAGUCAAAUUCCAUGUCCUUUGAUUCUUUCCAAACAAUGUACCGGCCCAAGAUCAUUUUUAUUGAUGUGUGCCGGAUCCGGAUGCGGAUGAAGAUACAGAUAGUACUUGUCCCCGCAGAGUUGUGUAUCCCGAAAUCCAAAAGAUCUAAAUCCGAAACUGCAGGUGAAUAACCAUGGCCACUUCGUAUUGACAACAGCGAGUCGCUUCGCAUAAAAAAGGCCACAGCGAGUCGCUUUUUAUUUCUUUACAAAUGGACCCAAAACAGGAGACCUAAAGUUCGGGUGUGAAUUUCUUCGCCCGGCUUCUGCUCCCUUCCUUGAGUUGCUGCGGUGUUGAAGUUCUCACUCAUGUUCGACUGUGUAGGAGGGUUGAUGUUGCCUCACCCCUCUAAGGUCUCAGGAGUCACGCUGCCACACUGUCCCCAAACCCACGCCGACAAUACCAAAGAGCAUUUUUGACAAGAAUGAAAAAGCCACAAAGAAGCAUACUGCAGGGGGAAGGGGAAGGGCUUGCUGCUACGUAAAAAGCGCAGCCGUGCAUCUCAGAGGGCUUGCUUGGGGGUAGUUUCUGAACAUUCAUCUCGUCAUGCGUUUAUUUUGUCGAGACGGACUCGAAGUGAAAAUACAAGUCAGCAACUACCCCCUUCUCUGCCUUCCUCCUGUAGCAAUACUUCCAAAAAGAGCCCAGUAGGACCAUCAACAUCGCGCUGCGCCCAGCCAUGCAUGUCAUGGCAAAACAGGAUCCCAAAAGUUGCUUCUUCAAAACUCACGCAAAUGCGAUUCGAGAUUUCCCGACCUUUAGGCUUAGUUUUUUAGGCGUGAGGGGCGGGCCAGUGGGCUCUAGGAACAGGUACAGAAACACCACCGAAAAAAGGAAGAGCAACAUAGCACCUGCGUUGUUGCAUCACUACGGUUGUUGACUCUCUUGCACAGCGAGGAUGGAAACAACUCGGUGGUGUGACUCGCCGCCUGCUGACCAUGUGAACAACUGUAGCAUGUCGCGACGAGAAGGGACAAGCAGUCUGGAGCCGAAAGGCGAAGGGGUCAGAUGGCACUUACGAACCACGAAUACGAUGCCGCGAUAGAACAAGGACGACGAGCCUGGAUCACCUCUUUUUCCGAUCUGAAGUUGUCUAUGUGAUAUUUCGGUGCGUUAUUUUUGUGAUUUGUAUUUAAAAAAAAAAAUCUAAAUCCGAAACUGCAGGUGAAUAACCAUGGAAUAACAACGCCCCGGGCCGGGGCGUUGUGUGGGGUGGGGAGGGUGGGUCGAGGCUGGCCCGAUGGUCCGGGAGGAUCCUGCGCCCCGGGCCGGGGCGUUGGAUGGGGUGGAUCAAGAUUACUUAUCUUCAGCAGGCCGUGGAGGAUCCAGCGCCCCGGGCCGGGGCAUUGGAUGGCAGGCGACUAGGGUUGUCCGCCUGCCAUCGACGGAUCCAGCGCCCCGGGCCGGGGCGUUGGAUGAGGGUCGCGGUUGGCCAGCAGGUCGGGAGGGGGGGAUCCAGCGCCCCGGGCCGGGGCGUUGGAUGGGGAUCAAGAUUGCCCGGCCCGCAGGUCGCGGACCGGAGGAUGGAUCCAACGCCCCGGGCCGGGGCAUUGGAUGGAGAGCGACUGGGGGUGCCCACCGGCUCCUGACGGAUCCUUCCUGCGCCCCGGGCCGGGGCGUUGGAUGGGGGUCGAGGCUGGCCGGCAGGUCGGGCAGCAUGGAUCCAGCGCCCCGGGUCGGGGCGAUGGACGGAGAUCAAGAUUGGCCAGCAAGUCGUGGAGCAUCCAGUGCCCCGGGCCGGGGCAUUGGAUGGCGGCUGCGGCUGGUUCAGGGUUGUCCGGUUCUGGGUGAUCCGGUUCCGGUAGGUGUAGGACCUAUCCACAAGAGCGCCCGGGCUCCGCCCGGGCCAGCCUUGUUUGUAUUUAAAAACAAAAAAAAUCUAAAUCCGAAACUGCAGGUGAAUAACCAUGGCCACUUCGUAUUGAUGUACAUGUUCGCGCUCGCCGCUUUACUUUGGGGCGCCGUCUUCGCUUUCAUAGCGGUGCAGAUGGCAGUUCGCGAAAACACCCACCUGCUGGAGCAACGCGUGCACACCGCAUCGAAAGAGUGGCAAGCGGGAAAUUACGCAUUUUUCCUGAACCCUUUGUACCUCUCCCGCGAGGCAAUGUCCCUUGUCACCGCUCUUGUCAAUCACGCAGGCGUCGACGUGUGCAUUUUCACCGGUACUAUCAUCAGGCAGCGUUUUCUUUGAUGCAUGUUUUGCUCAGUCGUUAGGAACACGAACGCGAAGGCGAUUAGAAAAAAGAAAAACUCGAACCCUAUUCUUUCAUAAAAAAAUCGAAGAAUCACUCUAAUACAGGCCUCGAGAUUUUGUUUCUGCUAGUAGUCCUUUCGUGCGGCGGGCCGGCGAUGUAUUUUGCCUGCGUAAACGUGACCGCGUUGGAGUACAAUCUCCCGUCACUAAACGAGUACGUGGAGAUCAGUGACCAAGUCUUUUGCCCCCUCGGCCCCUACUUCUACGACCUGGGCUCCCCGCUCGAAAACUUGAAGCAGAUCUUUGGAACCAACUGGUUCUGGAGGGUUCUGUUGCCCGUGCGGGGCAACGUCGACUGGGUCCGCACUGCCUACAACCCGGUAGAAACUUAAUUUUUUUGAUGAUGUAAAAAAAGAGGUCAUUUGCUGCAUUUGGUUAGGCUUUACGUUUAGCACGAAACGUUUUAUUUUUCUCAACACCUACGACAGCAACAGCCACGAUAGCCAGGGCCAAAAAGGCUAUGUUGACCCUUAUCAUGAUGAUGACAAAAAAUUCAACAGCCUUGCAGCGCCGAGGCGGUAGCACAGAUCCGACUCAGAAUACAGCAGUGGGAGGAGGAAGGCUCAAGAUUACAGACGAAAUCCUAUGCCGAGCUAGGGAUUACGGCGCCAGCCCCAGAAGAAGAAGAGGACCAGGCACCUCCUGUGAACAAUGCGAGCGCGAAUCCAUGAACAAGGAGAAAUGGUCGCAUGCGAGAUCUCGUCUGGGCCGUGAGUCGGCUGAUUGAGUUGAGUACUUGCUAUCAGGCACGUUCAUCGAAAGCGUUCAAUUUGAUUUUACUCCAAAAACUAAGGCGUUUCUGAUGAUGGACUUCUUGUCUCUGUCGCCAAAUGCAAGGAAAGCAAUAGCGCGACAAAGGUUGUUCGCAACUUCUUUCGGAUUUC